AGAAAAUAAAAAUGGGUUUACUAAAAUCUGUCCAGUCAAAGUGGAACUUUCGAAAGUAUAAACUCUUAUUAAUACUUUACCUCCUGAUAGUUGCUAUAGCGACCCUAUCAGUACUCAUCAAUGACCACAUCACUAAAUACCUGCAAGUUUUCAAAAUCAGAGCAGCAAUAUUGUCCGAUGUAUCAUUCGAUGCUCAUCUGAGGCUCGAGUCAAAUGAAGUGGACGCUUUCCAAAAUUACGUCUUCAUGACCAACGCUAACGACUUUCAAUCGAUACCACAUAAGUCAUUUUCUGAAUGUUGGACAACAGAAAAAGUAUUCGGUGAAUUGUGCGAGUUUGGUAUUAAAUUAAUCGUGAUCUACAAACGUUGGCCUCAAGAUUCAUUAAAAUACUUACAAAUAGUUGAAGAUAUAAUACGACGCAUUUUAGAAAAGUUCAAAACAAUCACCCUUAGGGAAAAAUUUCCAUGGGGUAAUAAUUGGUAUGCAUUUAGCGUUAGAAUGACUAAAUUACUAAUGAUGUACAUAUAUUUGGGAGCAGAUAAUAAUCUCAAAUAUGAUUCUUAUAAACUAAUUAUACGUAUGAUUACGGAGCUCGACAUAUCAAUGGGCCAGGUUCAUUACGGCAUCAAUAUUGUGUACUUGAGCAUCCCGAGAUUAUGUGGCGCUUAUUACUAUGAUAAAAAGUUAUUCAACUUAGAAACUGACAAAAAUAAUGAAAAAUUUCAGAUACUGGUGGGUAAAUUUAACAUAAAAUAUAAUGAAGGAUCAGAAAUAAAAAAUGGACCCUACGCAGAUGGAUCUUACAUUGAACAUCAUAAAGUUGCAACCUUUUCUUACUUUGUGACAAUGUAUGGUUUCUAUGAGGAAGUUUAUAACUCAUUUGGAUUUCCUUCAAUUAUUAAACAAGUAACACGUAAUAUGCUUGAUAAAUUGUUACAUCCUGACAUGCCCUGGCUCCAGUUAGGAUUAUUCGGCCGAACGGGUUCUAUAUACAACAGAAAAAGAUGGUGGAACAUAACCGGAAAGAAAGGUGGAUUUCAUACCAUUUCACUGAUGCCCUUUAUCGGACUGGGCGUAUUCAAAGCUGAUGACUUUAUGAUCUCUGUAAGGGUUCAGAGACCGGGAAUUGCGGCCUAUGAAACAGAUCUAGAAGCCAGAGGAAAAUUUGCUCUCGGAUGGGUGCAGUUGCGUCGAAUUUAUAUUAGAGGCAAAGAGUAUGAAAGGACACUGACUUGGGAUACCUUGAAAAACGAACCAGGUUUGUUGGUUCCUGAUGGUGAUUAUAAGGAAUUAGUCGGUGGGCAUUACACCACUACAGUCCCCUAUGUUUGUGAGCAUGUUAAUUCGUUCAUCGGCCGGUUAAUGGACCACAAUCUCAUGUUUUGGAAGAAUACAUACGACUUCCGCGCUGUUUACGGAGGAGCCGGUUGUUUGGUAACUGAAGCUGCCGUUGUUACGACUCAUGGGCUCGAAGCUUAUUACAAAAUUUCGAACCAGUGUGAUAAAAAUUUAAAGUUCAUUUGGAAAGAUACCAUCAAUGACUUGGAGAUCAAUGACGUAAAUAGUGACAGCAAUAGUAGAGACUUUGUUAUCAAAUCGAGAGAGACAAAAAAGUUCACUUGGCGUAUGCUCGUCCGAGCUGGUAUUGAUAGUCACGUCAAGCUUGAUAGCGAAGGCACUUUAAAAUUCAAAUACGAUAACAAAGAUUACACUGUUAAAUCAAUCAUAGAUAAUAAAAAGUUCGUGGUAACACGUAACGAUGAUCCAAUACUUGUUGGCACUUUUAGCAGCGAUCCAAAUGAUUCGACUACCUACGGUGAAGGUAGUGAUAUAAAAUAUUACACCAGAGAUCCAAAUACUAUGAUGUACAAUUUGAAAUAGUUGGGAACAAAUAUGAUUAAUAAAAAAUUAUAGCAUAUUACACUAUUUAUAGUUUAUCGAACUAUUAACUGAUAAUUUGUUUUAAAAAAAUCAUGAGUUUUAAAGAACUAAUAAAUUGAAACAUUGUCGAGAACUGAGACUAAAAGUCCAAAUAUUGUUGCUAAUUGACAGAUAUUUGAUUGAAAAUUUUAAUGGUUUUACUAAUUGAUUUUUUUUAAUAUUAAUAGUCUGUUACAUACCAAGAG